AUGUGGGCCAAAAUCGACGUUAUGGUGGCCUUCAAAGGAGAAGUAACUUAUACUGUGACCGUAUCCUUAUCGGACUUCUACGAUGAGAAUGACAAGCCUAUUGUUGGCAAAUUAUCCGAAUCGUUUGCAGAUAUUAACCUAUUUCCUGUGAGUAAGAAGAGUAAUAAUGGUGGUUUCCAUCAUGCUUACGAUAGAGUGGAUUAUGGUGCCGAUUACCAGUCUAUUGUUGAUGAGGACCAUAAGGAGAAGGACGAUGAAGAUGAAGAUUCUCUCCAGGAACAAGUAAAUACUCUUAGAGAAGAAGUGAUGAGAAUUGCCCAGAUUGUGGCUGGACUGCAAGAUGAAACGAGGAUGCUAAGAGAGAUGGUUAUAGUUCGUCGUGAAUAA